AUGGAUGAUGCGUUUAAUGUAACAUAUCUAACUCUUGGUGGGUACGCUGAAAUGGGCAAAUACAGGUUUUUGUAUUUUGUUAUUAUGUUCACGGUUUACAUUCUAACAAUCUGCUUUCACUGCACCAUCGUGUCCCUCAUCUCGAUGCACAAGAACCUCCAGAUGUACAUGUUCAUUGCAGCGUUGCUCCUGAACUCUAUUGUUUACAACACCAUUAUGUACCCAAAGAUGUUGAGUAACCUUCUAUCUGAAAAACCGAUCAUCUCAUAUUCAACAUGUCUCUUUCAGUAUUUUGUAUUUUACAGUUUUAGUGCGUCGGAUUUCUUCCUGCUGUCCGCCAUGUCUUACGACCGGUACGUGGCGAUAUGUCGACCUCUGCGAUACCCCGCCAUCAUGAGGAGGGGCACCGUGAGGCUCAUCCUGGCUCUGGCGUGGCUGAUGCCGGCCUGUGAGAUGGCGAUCUCAGUGACGCUGGUCGCCAUGUCGAAGGUCUGCCGUUUGUCUUUGUUAAGAGCAACGUUCUGAAACAACUCGGUGUACACCCUCUUCUGUGAACGCUCAGGCGCUCUGGCUGUAUUUGAUGUGCUUGCGCUGCUGAACAUGGCCCUUUUCCCUUUGCUCUUCAUCCUGUUUACAUACACCAAAACACUUAUCGUAUCCUAUCGGAGUGGUAGAAAUGUCCGGCAGAAAGCUGCACAGACCUGUUUACCCCACCUGAUAGUGUUAUUCUUCUUUUCAUCUUUGUGUGCUUAUGAUAUCAUUAUAAUUAAUCUGGGAUCUAACACAUUACAAGCGUUUUUCUAUUAUCCACUAUUGAAUCCAGUUAUAUAUGGACUGAAAGUGAAAGAAAUCUCUAAACACCUGAAGAAGUUGUUCUUUCAAGCUAUAAGUGAUGUAAUGAAUUAA